UUUGGAACGGACAGUUCUCCCUCCCGCCGCUAGGUAGCGAAGAGUCGCUUCAACCGGAGCUGACGUUUUUGUUGGGAAUGGUGUGCGUGCAAUGUCCUCUAGAAAGGGCAUCAGCCGUUCCAGCACCUACGACAACAGCAGCAGCGACACAGAGGAAACAGACAUCUUGCCUGAGCACCGCGGCAAGGAUAGGCAGAGUUAUGGAGGAAGUCCAAAGUUGAAGCCCUGCCUGGUAAGCAAAUUGGAAGAAGAGCAGCGGGAUUCUUCGUCGGCGUCCAGGAACAAGUCUCGUCCCUCUCAUCAUCACCAACAUAGUCCACGUCCGAACAGCACCAUGGAACGGAUGGGCAGCAGUAGUAGCUCCACGGAAGGCAGCCCCGCCAGUACAGUAACGGCAGGGGGCGACACAGGGGCCCUUCCAACGUUGCCGACCAGCUCGGACGAGAGAGUCACUAUCAUUGUAGACAAUACUCGCUUCGUCGUAGACCCUGCCCUUUUCUCUGUGCAGCCAGAUACCAUGCUCGGACGGAUGUUUGGUUCAUCGUUGGAGAACAACUUCACUCGGCCCAACGACCGUGGGGAAUAUGAAGUUGCCGAGGGGAUUUCAGCCACCGUCUUCAGGGCCAUCCUGGACUAUUACAAGACUGGCAUGAUCAACUGUCCACCAAGUGUCAGUGUACCCGAGCUUAGGGAGGCCUGUGAUUAUCUUCUCAUUCCAUUUGAUGCUCAAACCGUUAAGUGCCACAACCUCAGAGGCCUUCUGCACGAACUGUCCAAUGAGGGAGCAAGGCAGCAAUUUGAAAAGUUCCUGGAAGACCUGAUACUACGUCGUAUGGUCAUAUCAGCUCAGAGAGGAGACAGGGAAUGUCACAUCGUUGUUCUCCUGGAUGAUGACAUUGUUGAUUGGGACGAGGAGUAUCCACCGCAAACUGGGGAAGAAUAUUCUCAGAUUGUGCACAGCACAGCAAUGUACAGGUUCUUCAAGUACAUUGAAAACAGGGAUGUCGCCAAGCAAGUGCUCAAAGAGCGAGGCCUCAAGAAGAUCAGGCUGGGGAUCGAAGGUUACCCCACGUACAAGGAAAAAGUGAAACGCCGUCCAGGAGGUCGAGCAGAGGUCAUCUACAACUACGUCCAGCGGCCCUUCCUCAGGAUGUCCUGGGAGAAGGAGGAGGCCAAGAGUCGCCACGUCGACUUUCAGUGCGUCCGGUCAAAGUCCAUCACGAACCUGACCACAGCAGACGGUUCGCCGCCGGUGGCCGACCCAGUGUUGCCCACCGCAGAGCCCGCACAGCAUCAUCAGGAGCUAGGUGCAGUGGGCGGCGUGGAAGAGUCUGUGCAAGUGCGGCACACGCAGCAGGUUCUGCCGAAAGAGCCGUACCCCAACGUGCAGUUGCCGUCGGACGAUUUGCCUUAGGGGGGUUUGUGUUGAGGGCAGAUGUUCUGGUGGUAGUUACGGUUGUUUUGUCAACGGUAACUUUGUAGCCGAGUUAAGGUUGUGCUCUCUUACGCUCGUACUUCCCAAUGCAAAAUUGUUUAUUAAAUUAUUAGCGUUUAUUAAAUUAUUGUUUAUUAAAUUAUUCCCAAUGCAAAAUUAUUAGCGUAAGAUAUCGUCACAAAAAAGUAAUUUCUGCGGCUUGAACGUGACAACAGUUUCUAUGAAGGCUAAGAGAGUUUAGCUUUUGAGCAUUUUUUUUUAUGCAGGUUAAGUACUUUGCAUGAGGCAUUCUAUCAAUGACAUCCAUCAAAUUCUGCAAAUUCCAUAAAGUUCAUAUACAUAUGGGGGGGUUCCACCCGACAUGUCACAAAAGACUAUUAAGAAAUCGACUUAUUUUACGAUUAUGGGGUUAGUGGUAUAUGUUUGCCAGCAAACUUUUGCUAUGACCCACAAGCACUCGAAUCAAUUUUUGAUCGCUAGAAACUGAAUUUUCUGAUUUGGGCUCCGAAAUCUGUCCGAUCAAUAUGAUGCCUUUUUCCAUAAAACAGAGAGGAUUUUUCGGACAAAAUUUCGGAUUGACCCCAUCCCAUUACAAAAACGUUCUCUACUACAGUGGUAAUAGCUGAUCGAAAUACUGCAAAAAGGUGAUGAAGAUGAUGAAUGAUGACGUUCAACUCUUGUUCAACACUGCAAAAAGGUUUUUUGUUUCAAGACUGUUGGCUGCCCUCAGCAUCAAGAUAUUCCAAGAAGCACCAGAAGACCUCCUUCCUUCUCACUGUAUCAGCAGAAGCAUCAAAAAGGGAAGCUGAUGGGGAAAAGAAGCUGAAGGUCCGUGUCUGUGUAACUUCCCACCAGGACAUUUAUUUUCGUACGCCCUCAUAUAGCUGGAUGGUGCUCAAUAUGUUCUGGAACUCGCAGUGCUCCGGGUGAAGGUUUCGGAGAGCGAGGCGCAGUAUACGGACUUGCUCUACAGUGUUUAUAAGCAAGACAAAACUUUAUCGAGAAACGCCUUUUUUUUUUUUUCCGAACCAGCGUGUUUUCCAAGUCCUGGCACGUUUUGUGGGACCGGCUGUAACCAGUGAUCGUGUCGCAUGGGGUGCCCGACAAGUAAGGAAUUGUGCUAAUGACAUUAUCGCCAAUAUUUCGAGUACUAAGUCAGGUUUGCCCUCUGCAUUUCUCUCUUUUUUUUUGUUGUGAAUCAAAUGUUAAUAGUACUACAGAUGUGUUACUUUUUGUAACUUAAAACUACUCUGCAUGUUUGGACAUGUGAUUAAGUACUGUGGCAUUAUUACACUUGAGCGUGCAAUGUAAAAUGUCAGCUUGAUGGCAUUUUCACUGUCCUUUCUUCAUGGAGAAUGUGUGUUACAUCCAUCUUGGUCAGAUGUACUAACUGCAUGCAACAUUUGUGUGUGCAUUUUGUAAUUUUGUACAAGGUGACAUAACUCGAGCCACAAUAACGUUUUGAGUGAGCUGGUUAAAGCAUGCCCUGAAGAUGUCAGUCUGAUAUAGAGUAAUAUAAAAAUAUCAACGUUCUGAAAUGGUUCUGUUUGAGUUAAAAAUUUGAUUCCACUGAAUUUAGCCUCACAUUAUAAGAUGAGCCACACAGUUGGGUGUUUCCAUUUUCGCUUAAUCUUACGUUUUCUUUUCCUUAGGUCUUUAUUAAAAGUACACCACAGUGUC